AUGGACACAGACACAGGCAUGCACCAAAACCAACACAACAACCAACAGUUCAAAAUCCAGCACAACAACCAACAGUUCAAAACACUGCACCACAACCAACAGUUCAAAACACUGCACCACAACCAACAGUUCAAAACACUGCACAGCAACAACCACAAACAGAGCAAGGACAUAAAAGAAGUAGAGAACAAGGAAACCAAGAAUUCUUAA